AUGGCGGUUUUGCUCGACACCGUCCCGGGCACGGGGGAGACCAAGCCUGGCUCGCUGCUGCAGCUGGAGGGUCCGAAACAUGCGGCCACUUUCGAUGACAGUGUACCCACGAAAUGGCACAGCGAUACCAAGAGGGCCGUCCUGAAAGCCGCCACAUGGGUGAAGGAAGCGCUUCAGAAGAUUGACUCGCAGCCCAAGGUGAUCAAGAAGUGGUUUCGUCUCGAGGAUGCAUCUGACCGGCAGGUCGAGCGACGGACUCGUGAGGUGAAGUCACGACUCGUUGACAUGCUCGAUGCCCUGACCCAGGUCCACUUUCAGAAGGGGAGCAAAUGCUCAUCGCGGGACUAUGCCUACGUCGAGCGUACCAAGACGAGGGACGGCCGCUACAUCGUCAACCUCUGCGAUACCUUCUUUGAGGAAUCACAGAACGAGCGCGUCUCCACUAUGGUCCACGAAAUUUCGCACCACUUCGGCACCAUCGAUGCCAAGACUCCAAGCGGAAGGCAUGCGUACGGUGAGGAGAAAUGCCUCCAGUUGGACUCCGAAAACGCCGCGAGGAAUGCGGACACCUACCUUUUCGCUGUGAGGGACUUGGCGAAAUCCGGCACUUCCGCCGGAUCUGGCUUGUCAGUGGAGGAGCUCAAGGCGAAACUCUUCGACCUCGUGGGUCUGACAGAGGUCAAGGAUGCCAUGAGGAACUUGCUCGAUCUCGUUGAGUUCGGGAAGAUGCGAGAAGCGAAGGGCCUCAGCAGCUUUUCCGGGCAAAGUCUGCACAUGCGCUUCCUGGGCAAUCCCGGAACUGGAAAGACGGUGGUUGCCCGUCUGGUGGGUGAGCUGCUUCUGUCCAUGGGCGCAAUCAAGCCGAAGGACAACAACACGGACGAGGGCUUCAAAUUCAAGGAGGCCUCCCGUGCCGAUCUGGUGGGAGAGUACACCGGUUCGACGGCCUUGAAGGUGCAGAAGGUCGUGCAAGAGGCUAUGGGAGGCGUCCUCUUCAUCGAUGAGGCUUAUGCACUCGUCCAAGGCAGCCGAGACAGUUUCGGUGUCGAAGCUGUGGAUACGCUCAUCAAGGAGAUGGAAGACAACCGUGCGCAUCUCAUCGUGAUUCUUGCCGGCUACACAAAGGAGAUGGAUGACUUCUUCAACUCGAACCCUGGCUUCCGCUCUCGCGUGCCUUUCUCCUUCUCCUUCGAAGACUACACCUGCCCAGAGCUGGUCCAGCAGAUGAAGUUGAAUUCUCGGUGCAAGAGUUCUUACACCAUGGCUCUCACUUCGCACGUGGGAGUUUCUGCAUCGUUUGGCCACACGAGCCCAGGGAAUGCUGUGCCUGAGCAAAUCUUCUUCAAAAGCCAGGGCGAUGACCGCUGCGAGUCCGGAAGCACGUGCUGGUGGCUCCGCCGUGCCGCAAAGUUGAUUCUUGGCCCAGUUUUGGCUGGUUCUGAGGAAAUGGGACUCGGGGCAGAGGGCAUGGCCAGAGACUUUUACUUUUGGAUUCUAAAUUUCCGUGGGGGUGGAUGGGCCAUGGGGGUGUUUGAGGAGAUACAGGACGAGAAGUUUGUGGUGCUUAUUGGGAAGCCAGACUACAGACCUUUCCCUCCGGGUACGGCGAUGGGUCCCAACUACCUCGACCAGUACAUGCUUGAUGACGGCCAGUCUGUGGCAGCGGAAAGCAGCAGCAGCAACAGCAGCAACAGCAGCAGCAGCAGUGAAAGCAGCUGCUCAACAGCUGCAUGCAACGAGGAGCCUGCAGAUGGCAACAACAAGGGGAAGCCGAAGCAGCUUGCCAAGGCCAAGGCCAAGGCCAAGGCGAAGGGGAAGGGCAAGGGCAAGGGCAAGAGCAAGACCAAGACUGCUGCCAAAGCAAGUGCCAAGCGGAAACCUUUGCCACGUUCCACGCAGCAGCUUUCGUGCUCAGCUAAAAGCAGCCACCCGUGGGUGGGACGAGCGGUGGGCUUCAGCACGCAAGCGACCCUUCAAAAGAGUAAGGGCGUGGGCGUGUUUGAGGCUGUAGACGAAGAAGCUGGCACAGUGCGCAUCUGUGCUGCUUGCGGGACACAGGCGCUGCCCAUUGCAAGCGUGCAGUUGGCAGAGUAG